GAUACUGAUAUCGACGUUUUAGCACCUCUAGCGAUUGUGAUUUGCAAUUUUUGUAGUUUGAGAAUAUUUUACAAUAAAUUCGGAAUUAACUCGGGAUAUAGCCAGAUAUAGCCAUGUCCAACGCACAGGCAACAGUCACCGCAUACCUGGCGGCCCAGAAGAAAACCACAAACAAGGACCUGGCCGCCGAAUGGACGCUCAUCGAGGAGCUGUACAAUGAAAAACUGUGGAAUGAGCUAACCAUCAAGCUGGUCACCUUCGUGCGCCACGAGUCUCUGCAGGAUGAGACGGCGCUGCUCCAGCUCUACCAGAACUUCCUCUCCACCUUCGAAACAAAGAUCAAUCCCUACGGCCUCAUCCAAAUCCUCGAGGUGGUUGUGGACAAUAUCAGCGACAAAAAGGAGGCCAUCGAGUUCCUCGAGAAGAUGAAGGACAAGGUGAAGAUCUGCGACGAGGCGGUGUGGUAUUUGCAGGUGAUGCAGGGCAACCUCUACCUAAGCAACCUCAACGACCUGAAUGCCACCAAGAAGAUCAUCGAGGAGCUGCGCGAUGUAUUGGAGGAGGCGGGCAAUGUGACGCCCGUCCACGGAAAGUAUUACAUGCUCGCCUCCCAGUACUACCGCCGGGUGGGCAAGCACAGCGACUACUACCGGUGCGGUCUGCAGUUCCUGGGCUGCUCCCUGGACGACUUUCCUCGGGACCAGUGGGCUCAGCAGGCCUUCUUCCUUGGUCUGGCAGCCCUACUAGGCGAUGGAGUCUAUAACAUUGGAGAACUUCUGGCGCACCCCAUUCUGGAGUCGCUGAAGGGAACGGAGAACGAGUGGCUGGUGGAGCUGCUCAAGGCAUUUAAUACGGGCGAUAUCAACAAAUUCAACGACAUGAAGAAGAUCUGGUCCGGAAUUCCCGAUCUGGCCGCCCAGGAGGUGAAGCUGCGACAGAAGAUCUCCCUGCUCUGCCUCAUGGAGAUGACCUUCAAGCGCUCGGCCAUUGAGCGUGCCAUCUCCUUCACAGACAUCGCCCACGAGACCAAACUGCCCGCCAAAGAGGUGGAGCUGCUCAUCAUGAAGGCCCUGGCCUUGGAUCUCGUGCGCGGCGAGAUCGAUCAGGUGGCCGGUGUGGUGAACAUGUCGUGGGUGCAGCCGCGCGUCCUCAACCGCAACCAGAUCGCCGGCAUGGCCAGCACCCUGGACACCUGGAUGGGCGCCAUCACGAACAUGGAGAAGCUGAUGGAGAAUCGUGCCGCCGAAAUUCUCACCAAUUAGUUAUAAGUUUGCGUAUGAGUUUCGCCUGAUCUUGAUGGUCGCCACUAAUUUCCAUUUGCGAAAAUGCUUUUGUAUUUAAUUAAACCCCAAAACAAAUCUGAA